UCAUCGCCGCGGCCCUUGAUGAAUCACUCACUGGCUGAAAACUCGUGAUUGUCUUCUCAAGCAACAUCAUGUCCCAGGCGCACCAUCCCCUCCACCUCUUCGACCUACCACCCGAGAUCCUGGCCCAGAUCCUCAGACCACUCCUCCAGCCUGAGCCGCCAUCCCCAAUCCCCAUCAUCUCCCUACCUGCACCGCCCACCUACGUGGUGCCCCCCUUUGUCCUGUCCGUCCUCCUCGCCCACCCGCUCCUAUACUCGCUGGGCGUAUCGCUCCUCUACGCCCCCAACCAGGAGUUCUACAUCGACACCAGUGGACCCAAGUACGCCUCCGUCAAGCGCACCUUUGUCGCCCGGGACCUCCUGUGCGGCUCCACCGAUGCCCUGGACAAGGUCCGCUGGCUGUCCCUCACCGUCGACAGGCUGCGCGGGUGGAUGACGGAUGACAUUGUGCCGGUUUUGACCUCGCUCAUUCUACACGGUAGUCUGGAGCGCGUGGACGUGUACAUCCACACGGACGUCUCCGCGCGGCACUUUGUGGUGCUGAACCAGAGAAGGAUGGAGGAGGGUGGCCCGCUGCGCGCGCUGCUGCACUUGCUGGCGGAUCCGGAUCUAAGGAGCGGAAGGCUGUUCAUCCAGAGGAGGCAUAAUCUUGGCUGGUGUCGUUUUCACGACAAAGACUCUGGAGAAGAGGAUGCGCAGUCGCGGAAGUGGGUGGAGGUCCGGUGGCAAGAUGUGCUGCGGACAGGCGCUGGACAGGUCCAGGACCAACCCGUUUGAAAGUCGGGCAACUUGGCAAGAGAUGGACAACUGAGCAUGGCGGGAGGCUGACCCCUAUGCAUUUGGGAUGGCACUGGUACCCAUCGAGGCAUGCCUUUGAGUCUCGAAGCAGCUUACUGAGGACUUGAUCAAGUCUGAGCUAUGCCUGCGGCGGUUCAGGGAGCUGUUGGCGCCACAGGACGACAACAAAUAGCCUCGCCUACCACUGAAAUGGGCUCGUCUACCCAGUCCGGAGCAAUGCUACCCAAGAGAGCUGAGUAGCUGCAUCAAGACGUGCAACAACCACCGCAAUACCUACUUCAACUAGGCAGAGUGCACCAGGAGAGGGGCAUAUACCCGCCCGUUGCACGAUUGCCUGCCGACGCUUUCCAACAGAAGCAGAUGCGGCACAUGCUAAACCGAUCCGAUCGCUUCUAAAGUCGAUUAACAUCGAUGCCCCAUCGAU